CUGCUUCAAACAGCUGAUUCUUUUGACAGCUCACAUGGAUUAUGAAAAAAGAAGGUAUAAUUUCCCAUAAUUGAGCUGUUUAAAAUAAAAGAUUUAAGUGAAUUUAUUUCUACAUAUAUAACAUGACAACUGCAUCAGACUCACAGAAAAAUGGUGAUAAACGCGUGUUUUUUGAGAAUGCCCAAAUGGAUUCAAUGGCACAGCAUUUUGUGGGCAAUCUUUACAGAUACCGCGAAAAUAUCGUGAUACCAACGAGCAAUGGGCCAAUACAAAUCAAAACCAACGAAGAGAAAAUGAUUGAGAAGACAGUGGAAAGCUGCGCCUUCAAGUCUAUCACUGCCUGCGUGAUGGGUUACGGUUUAGGUGCUGCUAUUGGUCUAUUCAGCGCGUCGGUCAAUCCAAGCCUCACAGAUCCACUGCUGCACGAAAAGAAACAAAGCGUACGUGAAAUUUUACGUGACAUGCGUAAGACGACACAUGGCUAUGCGAAGAAUUUCGCUAUGAUUGGAAUGGUGUUCUCUGGUGUUGAAUGCACGAUCGAAAGUUAUCGCGGUGUAACCGAUUGGAAAAACGGCACAUACGCGGGUGCAGUUACUGGAGGUUUGAUUGGUUUGCGUGCUGGCUUGAAGGCAGGCAUUGUUGGCGCUGCUGGUUUCGCCGCAUUUUCCACAGUUAUUGACUAUUAUAUGCGACAUAGGCUGUAGUGUAAUUUGCAGAAAGGUACAAAGCGUAGCGAAUAUAGUGAGAACACAAAUGUGUAUACAUAUUAAACGAGCUGAAAAAAUAACAUUUAAUAUUACUGUUCUCAAAUUAAACACACAAUAGUUCAAGAAAGGCAAAUCGCUUGCAAACAAAGAGCGGAAAACUGGAAAUAUACUUUGGUUUUAUUUUAAAACUUUA